CGACUGCUGAUGACGUAGCCACCUCCCAACCAGUUACUUACCACCUGUCACCGAUCUGCGCCUGCGCAUCGAGCUCACGCGUCACUAGUAAUGUCUAUCGGCGAGAGAAUCCAGGGCGCAUGCGCGAUGCCUGCUUGACUCUGAAAAGGUAGUUAAUGGUGGUCACGCUUUGGGACACCUAGUUGAAAUCUCCUACUUUGUGGCGUACCGAGCUGUGCUGCCAUGGAACAAGACGCUCAGAGAAAAGCAAACUUUUCAACUCUAGUUAGCCAUACCAAUGGACUGAGUAAAAGUUCUGCCCUGCCCACCAAACCCUCAGCUUCAAAAAAGUUAAUCAUUAAGAAUUUUAAAGACAAACCGAAGCUGCCGGAUAAUUACACUCAGGACACUUGGCAGAAGCUUCAUGAAGCUGUGAACGCCAUAGAAAGCAGCACCUCCAUAAAGUACAACCUGGAGGAACUUUACCAGGCUGUGGAAAACCUAUGCUCCUAUAAAGUUUCACACACACUAUAUAAACAGCUCCGCCAAGUAUGUGAGGAACACAUGAAGUCUCAGAUCGACCAGUUCAGAGAAGAAUCUCUUGACAGCUUUCUGUUUUUAAAGAAGGUGAACUUGUGUUGGAAAGAUCACUGUAGGCAAAUGAUUAUGAUUCGAAGCAUUUUCCUAUUUCUGGACCGGACCUAUGUCUUGCAGAACUCGAUGCUUCCUUCUAUAUGGGAUAUGGGUUUGGAGCUAUUCCGUUGUCAUGUUGUGAGUGAUAAGUUAGUUCAGGCAAAAACUAUAGAUGGCAUCCUGCUUCUGAUUGAGAAAGAGCGGUCUGGAGAGGCUGUGGACCGAAGCCUGCUGAGAAGUUUACUUGGUAUGCUUUCCGACUUGCAAGUGUACAAAGAUUCUUUUGAAGGAAGGUUUUUGGAGGAAACAAAUUGCUUGUAUGCAGCUGAAGGGCAGAGACUAAUGCAAGAGAGAGAGAUUCCUGAAUAUUUACAUCAUGUGAAUAAGCGUUUAGAAGAAGAGGUUGAUAGAGUCAUUACAUAUUUAGACCAUGGGACACACAAACCUUUAAUAGCUUGUGUGGAGAAACAGCUACUAGGCGAACACUUGGCUGCCAUCUUACAAAAAGGGCUGAAGAACAUGCUGGAUGAGAACAGAGUUGUGGACCUGACUCUUAUGUAUCAGCUCUUCAGCCGGGUCAGAGGUGGUCAGACAAUCCUGCUGCAGCACUGGGGGGAGUACAUUAAAAAUUUUGGGAGCUCAAUAGUUGUCAAUCCUGAAAAGGAUAAGGACAUGGUCCAAGACUUGCUGGAUUUCAAAGAUAAGGUGGACCAUAUCAUUGAUGUCUGCUUCCAGAAAAAUGAGAAGUUUAUCAAUGUAAUGAAGGAGUCAUUUGAAACCUUUGUCAAUAGGAGAGCAAAUAAGCCAGCAGAACUGAUAGCUAAAUAUGUUGAUUCUAAGCUCCGCUCGGGGAACAAAGAGGCCACAGAUGAAGAACUAGAGCGAUGCCUUGAUAAAAUUAUGAUCAUAUUUAGAUUCAUCCACGGUAAAGAUGUGUUUGAGGCAUUUUAUAAGAAAGACCUUGCUAAAAGACUAUUGGUGGGAAAAAGUGCGUCUGUUGAUUCAGAGAAAUCAAUGUUAUCUAAACUUAAACAUGAGUGUGGUGCAGCCUUUACCAGUAAACUGGAGGGAAUGUUUAAAGACAUGGAGCUGUCAAAAGAUGUAAUGAUUCAAUUCAAGCAGUAUAUGCAGAAUCACAGUGAUCCUGGCAACAUAGACUUGACCGUCAAUAUACUGACAAUGGGUUACUGGCCAACCUAUACCCCAAUGGAUGUGCACUUACCACCAGAGAUGGUAAAACUUCAGGAAAUAUUCAAGACUUUUUAUCUUGGUAAACACAGUGGCAGAAGACUUCAGUGGCAGUCCACGCUCGGGCACGCAGUAUUAAAAGCAGAAUUUAAACAAGAGAAGAAAGAACUUCAGGUAUCUUUGUUUCAAACCCUGGUGCUCCUCAUGUUCAACGAGGGAGAUGAAUUCAGCUUUGAAGAAAUUAAACUAGCUACAGGAAUAGAGGAUAGUGAGCUGAGACGAACUCUACAGUCACUUGCUUGUGGAAAAGCAAGAGUGCUGAAUAAAACGCCAAAAAGUAAGGACGUUGAAGAUGGAGAUAAGUUUAACUUUAAGGAGGACUUUAAGCACAAGUUAUAUCGAAUUAAGAUCAACCAAAUUCAGAUGAAGGAGACGGUGGAAGAACAGGUUACCACGACAGAAAGAGUUUUCCAAGACAGACAGUACCAGAUUGAUGCAGCAAUUGUACGCAUUAUGAAAAUGAGAAAAACCCUUACUCACAACCUUCUGGUCUCUGAACUAUAUAAUCAGUUGAAAUUCCCUGUAAAGCCUGGAGACCUGAAGAAGAGGAUUGAAUCAUUAAUUGAUAGAGACUACAUGGAAAGGGACAAAGAAAACUCAAAGCAGUACCAUUACCUGGCAUGAGGAACUUGCCGCCGCUGUGGUCGUGUGGUGAAGAAGUAGAUAGACAUUAAGUGCUCACCUAAGGUUUAUUGGCAGAGCAGCAGACGCUUGACAUCCCAGCAUUAAUAAACCUUAGUAAUAUUCAAUUAGUAUUAUAGGUAAUUUUGUUUUGUGUGACUGUUUAAAGGAUGUUCUACUAAUUAUUUUUGGCAUAUGCGCAUAAUAAUAUGUAGCCUUCUGUUUCCCCAGUCAGCAGUGACAUGUACUUUAUUUCUGCUCAUAUUCUUCUAUAUUAUUUUGGCUAGUCACACUCAUCACCACUGCAACAACCAGUAGGCCCUUAAUGCUGCAAUCCUUAUUAUUGGUUGAGAGCCGAAUAAAUUGCAGGAAACCCAGCUAUUACAGUAUAUACUGUGUUCUUUUUAAAGAGCAUCUGUCAGCAGAUUUGUACCUAUGAAACUGGCUGACCUGUUCCAUGUGCACUUGGCAGCUGAAGGCAUCUGUGU